UAUCCAUUGCGCCACAGAGCCGCCGCGGGGACCGGGCUGCGCCGCCGCCUCCUCUUGCUGCCGCGGCCCUGCACCCCCGGGCCCGGCGCGGCGCGGGGCGGCACCGGGAGGGGAGGGCGCUCGCGGCUCCCGGCCCCGCCCGCGCCGCUGCGGCAGGACCCGCCCCCGCCGGCCCGGCUCUGCCCGGCGCGGCCCGGCCCCCUCCCCUCCUCCGCGGGCGGCGCAGGUGCGAGCGGGGCGCCGAGGACACCAUGAUGCGUUUGGCCGCGGUCACUGGGCUGUUCCUGCUCUUCAGCAGGUUCCUGGAGCUCUCCUGGGUGCUGGUGUUCACUGGCCUCUUCAUUCUCCUGUUGAGCUUCUGGGGGUGGAAAUUUCCCAUCAUAUUCAUCAAGACGAUAAGGAGAGAUGUCACCACGGGGCUGGUCCUGCUGAGGGUGAAGUGGAAGGUGUGGUGGCACGUGAGGGAGAAGAGCACCAUCCCCAAGAUCUUCCAGGAGACAGUCCGCAGGCACCCAGAGAAGACUGCGCUGAUCUACCAGGGGACAGGCGAGAGCUGGACCUUCCGGCAGCUGGAUGAGUACUCCAACCGCGUGGCUAACUACCUGCACGAGCAGGGCUUCCGCUCUGGCGAUGUGGUGGCCUUGUUUAUGGAGUCCCGCAACCAGUAUGUGGGUCUCUGGCUAGGGAUGGCCAAGCUUGGGGUGGAGACAGCGCUCAUCAACUCCCACCUGCGCCAGGAAGCCCUGCUGCACUGCAUCACCAUCUCCAACUCCAAGGCUGUGAUGUUUGGAGCAGAGAUGAUGGAAGCCAUGCAGGAAGUGCAGCCCUUCGUGAAGAAAUCUGUGCGUCUCUUCUGCUCUGGGGAGUGGCACCCAGAAUCCGCUCCCCUGGGAACAGAACACCUGGACCCCCUCCUCCAGGCAGUGCCGCAGCACCAGCCAAACCCCUCGGAGAAGGGCUUCCUCGAUAAACUCUUCUACAUCUAUACCUCUGGCACGACGGGCUUGCCUAAGGCUGCCAUUGUGGUCCAUUGCAGGUAUUUUCGCAUGUCGAGCCUGGUUUACUAUGGAUUCCGCAUGAGGCCGGAUGACGUGAUGUAUGACUGCCUUCCACUUUACCACGCAGCAGGAAACAUUGUUGGGAUAGGCCAGUGCCUGCUGCAUGGCAUGACCGUGGUGAUCCGCAAGAAGUUCUCAGCCUCGCACUUCUGGGAUGACUGUGUGAAGUACAACUGUACGAUUGUGCAGUACAUCGGGGAAAUCUGCCGCUAUCUCUUGAACCAGCGAUACCAGGAGGCAGAGCGGCAGCACCGUGUACGCAUGGCACUGGGCAAUGGUCUCCGCGCAUCCAUCUGGAGGGAGUUCAUGGCUCGGUUUGGGAUCCCCCAGGUUGCUGAGUUUUACGGUGCCACCGAGUGCAACUGCAGCCUGGGCAACUUCGACAAUAACGUUGGUUCCUGUGGCUUCAACAGCAUGAUAUUUCCUGGUAUUUAUCCCAUCGGUUUGGUGAGGGUGGACGAGGACACCAUGGAGCUGAUCCGUGGCCCAGAUGGGCUCUGCAUCCGCUGUAAAACAGGGGAGCCAGGGCAGUUGGUGGGCUGCAUUGUUAGGAGCAACCCACUGCAGCACUUUGAUGGGUACCUGAAUCAAGCAGCCACCAGCAAGAAGAUCACCCAGAAUGUAUUCUCCAAGGGUGAUUCUGCCUAUCUCACAGGAGAUGUGCUGGUGAUGGACAUGUAUGGGUACAUGUACUUCCGAGACCGCACUGGGGACACGUUCCGCUGGAAGGGUGAGAAUGUCUCCACAACAGAGGUGGAGGGGGUACUGAGCCGCAUCCUCAACCUGACUGAUGUCGUUGUCUACGGAGUGGAGGUGCCAGGCAUGGAGGGGAAGGCGGGCAUGGCGGCCAUUGCUGACCCUGAGAAUUCCUGCAACCUGGAGAGCUUCAUCAGUGAGCUCAAGAGGGCCCUGCCCUUGUACGCACAACCUGUUUUCCUGCGGUUCCUGCCAGAAGUCCACAAAACAAGCACCUACAAGUUCCAGAAGACGAUUCUGCGCAAGGAGGGUUUUGACCCCACGCUGGUGAAGGACAAACUGUACUUCUUGGACUCUAGGCAAGGCCGGUACCUCCCUUUGGACCAGGAGGCCUUCACAAGGAUCCAGUCAGGACAACAGAAGCUGUAACCAGUGAGAUUCUGUUGGCCACCUCCCCCUGUCCCUCUACUGCAAUGGGAUGGAGUGGGCAAUAGGAAAGAAAGGGUUAAAGGAUUAUAAUGAAGGGCAUGCUAGGGCUUUUGUUUUAUGAGUUUUAAAGGUAAAGGUUCAGGGGACUGGAGAGGGGGAGAGGUGACAUACCAAAGCAUAGAAUCAUUAUGGCUUUAUUUUCUAUUUUGUACAACAGUAGUCCCCUGGGGAUGUGCGCAUGGGGUCUUCAGUUCACCUUUGGCCAGUGCAUGUGCCAUGGGGGCUGUAGGAGCCACCAUGGAGGAGGAGGAAGGGCACCCGCUGCCCAUGGGACUCUGAUUCCAGGUUUUUCUUGCUUGCUCUCUUUCUCUCCCUGUUCUGCGGAUGCUGCUAAGUCCCAAAAGGGCUGGUGACAGAGAUUCCUCAUGAGGGUCUCCUGGGGGUGAUGCUGUGCUUGCCUUUUCCCCAAGCAUCCAGCUUGUGGGAGCCUGGCCCCUGCCACUGAACCACUCAGUGGGUGGGGACCAAAAACAUGACCCUCUUUGCAGGCUGCUGCAGUUGAGGAAGGGGAGAGGGAGCAGAGCAGACUGGGGGCACAGGUUUCCCUGCCAUGCCUCACUCUUCCCAGGAGUCAAACCUUUUUUUCUUUCACACUUUCUUUCUUUUUUUCUUUCACACAUAUAUAUAUUUUAUAUAUAAUGUGUGUAUAUGUAUAUUUUGAUUUUUAUCUUAAUUUAUUGGAUUUUUUUUCUGAAAAAACAAAAAUACAUAUUCCGGGCUCAUGCAUUGGUGUCAGGACCAUCCUAGCUCUGCCCUAGUGCUCAUAUACUCCUCCCAUGUGGUGGGAGGGAUCUGCCCUUGCACUUGGGACCAGUCCUUUUCCAAAGGUUAGGGCAGAAGAGGAGGCUGCGGUCACUCCCUGAAGGGACCAGCUGAGGGCACAGCAGUCUUGUGAAACUGCACCCCUUUGGCUGCCCCUGGGGAAGUCUUCAGUGCUGUUGUCUGGACAUGAUGGAUUCUGUAAACCUGACUGUGUUCCUCGCUCACCUUGUUUCAUAAAAGCCAGGGGAUUAAGAGCUUGGCUUGUGUUCUCGCUGAGGUGCUGAGCAUUUGCAAGCCACCCAGGAGCCAGUGCUUAGCACCUCAGAACCUAGCGUCUAUCUCUCGAGGGAGCACCAUUAUCUGGGCCUGAUUCUGUGAGAUCUCUGUGGGAAAGGUGUUGCAUGGUGGGAGGCCUCCAGAGGGGAAAAUGUUUUGGAGGUUUUUUUUUAAUUUUACAUGUUAGCCAGAUAAGUCUUUUUUUUUUUUUUUUAAUUUCUGUCUGUUUGGGUGGGCAGGCUGCACAUCUGCUGCCUUAUGUGUGCUUCCACAGGUCCCGCACCUAACUUGUCUCCACAGCUGAGUCCAAGCAUGGGACCCUUGAGGUUUCUCUGGUGUUGCUUGUUCUUGCUUAAUCCUGCUGCUAUAUUGGGGUCAGGUGGGGGCCCGGCUUGAAUCCUGGCUGAAGGAAGCAGAAGCAGUCGAGUCUGAGCAGAGAAUUUUUAUCAUUCCCCCACCCCUCGUUAGAAAUGGCCAGUAGGUGGAGGAGACUGUUCUUCUACCGGGCUCCAUGUGAAGGGCCAGGCUUUCCAGUGUGCCCCUCAACAUGUGCCUGUUUGCACACAUGGUGCCUGUAUGUGAAUGAGGGGAACUGGGUUCUCACUCGUGCACUAGGUCCCCAGGCAUCCACUGGGGACAAUAACCUGCAGCCUGGAACAGCUCCAGGAUUUCAUGGACUUCCCUUGGCCAAGCUUAGAACCAGACAUGUUCUGUUGCAAAGCAACAGGUCUGGGAUGUGAGCUAAAAGAAAUCCCCAUCUCCAUUAGAUUUAGGACUUACAGUCUUUUGCUACUAGAGGUGGGAGCCCCAGUGGCAGAGGAGAGGAGAGCAACGUGCCCAAAAUAGGGCGAGGAUAUAAUGGGUUCAUGGAUGUUGUAGCUAUCCCUGUUGGGUGUGUCCACACUAUGAGUUGCCUUUGGGUUUUUGGCACAUGGUAACAAACUGGUAAAAUUCCUGUGUAGUUUGAUCACUUCCUCCUGUGAUGCAGGUUGAGGUGGAUGUUCAAGGAAAGUGGAUGGUUACCUAACAUCAGAGAAAGAGAUGCACUUUUUCUUUUUAAUCACGUAAUGACCUGGCUAUCAAGUCAGCCCUCGGUGCUUGCAGCAUGUGGCUUUAAGGAAAAUAAGCAGUUUACAGGUUCCAACUAGAUUCGUUAUUUAUUCUCCCGUCUGCUGCUUCCAUGUUAGAGUAGAUCUAGUUGUGGAUGAUGCAGUGUGAGGUCUCUGGGAUCAGCCAAGGGGUACACGUGCGGACGAGCGAGAGAUCCCAGUCUGAGGGUGUCGUUUUAGUGAUACGCUCUGCAGAGCUGAGGUCUCUCUGAAGGUCCUGCAGGUCUGCCCACCAGAGGGAGAGCAAAUGGUGGUUGCAGUCACUGGGGAGGGAUGAGAGAGGCAUACAUUCUGCAUCCCAUGGCCAGAGCCAUUUUAUCCUCAGAGGUCCAAACAUCUCCUGGCCUGAUGACAGUGGCAGUUGAACUGGGGUGGAAGGAAUUAUUGAGGACGACAACUUGCCAUCCAUUGUCUCACUUAUGCACAUCCUUCUCCAAGAUACGCUCCAGCACUGGGAUGCCUGCAUGCCAAGACACCACCCCUCAGAGCAAAAGUCUAACUCAGCCCAUCACAGUUGCUUUCAGGACAGCAUUUUCCCUCAUGUGCUGUCAGGAGCCUUUCUGUCCUCUGUGCUGGUCUCCCUUUCUCCCUCACUCUGCAAUCCACCCCUCUCCCCUUGUCCUGGCACAACUGAAUGUUUCUCUGCAACCUUUCCCCUUCACCUCUCUUGCAAGUGUUGGAACAAACCCUUCCAGUGUCCAAGAUGUUCGUUUUUGCCUCUGCUGAUUGUCUUUAUUUCAACAUCUACUCAGGAACAGGGUGGGGUGGGCUGGGGUGGUGGCACUGACGGGGUGGCAGGGCACAGGGAUAUUGUUAUCAGCUCUUGGAAGGGUUGAGAAGGAGUGAGAACUUGCUUUGCAUCCUCCUUGGACGCUGUAUCAUUAUCACAUGACUUCUUCUUUUUUGACGUUUCAAACCUUAUGGCCUGUAAUUCCUGUCGUGAAAUAAAAACAUGGGAUCUUCAUGUCCAAUAAAGGAGGAUUUCAAAUUCA